GCGACGACGAGGAUUUGGAKGAGUUAGGAGCAUCCCUGUGAGGGGGGGGAGUUAGAGAGCCACGUGCGGGUCGUCAGCCGACGGGGCAUGUCGCUAUGGAUGGACGUGGGAAGAGGAGGGCAAACACUGCUCCUGCGGCGAGCGCUCUGGAGCCGAAGCGCUUGAAGCAGGUUAGGUUGGAUGAGGUGUACGAUCUAGAGUGGCAGGCCACCUUCGACCAUCUGUUCCUUCAGUGGUGGUAUAUCGGCGGCAUCCUAUUUGAGAGGGCGAGGAUGACGGAGUAUAGGGCCCUCUCACAGCAUGUGCAGAAAAUGUCGAGGGGCGUGAAGCCUGCUUUGCCCCAGUUCAGGCGCAUAGCAGGCAGUGGCAUACAGGAGGAGCGUUUGUACAUAGCUGAUAAGCUAUGUGACAUACGCGAUGUGGUGUUGCGGCGGUGGAAGAAGGUGUUCGAGGACUUCGGCGCGAAGAAGAUAAAUGCUAUCUGCACGGACUCCGCAUCAGUUUACGUCGCUGCUGGCCGCACACUUCGCGAUGACCCCGAUCCAGAUAUUCGUCGCAUCCCUUGGAUCCCUUGUUAUGUCCAUUGCUGCAAUGUGAUGUUGUCUGACAUGGUCAAGGACAAGACAUGGGCCAUUGAGUUGCUAACGAGGGCGAGGGCAGGUGUGCGCUUCAUCAGGUCGCACGGUUCGGCUCUGGCCUUGUUCAGGAUUUACAGCGCUAGGGCCGAUCACGCCACACGGGGCGAGCGUGUCAGUGGCAGCCCCGCAGGCGAAGAGGAGGCACGCGGCAGAGGACGACGGGGCCGGGAGUUGUUGUACCCCUGCCAGACGCGAUUCGCGUCUAUGUAUAUCAUGAUGGAGAGGUUGCGCGACCGUAGGGUUCCACUAGAGACGAUGAUGUUGGAGGGGGAUUGGGCGCGACUUCCAUGGGAGAGGAGGCUCCUCGCCCAGGCUGGUUGGGUGCGCACGCAGGUGCGAUGUGGGCUGUUUUGGGAGGAGAUGGAUGAUCUCAUCGACGUCUUCACCCUAGUAGUGCAGUUAUUGAGGCAGUUGGACCAGGGGGGGUUGGUGAUCUCGUGCAUCUUCCGGUGGGUGACGCAGUUGGCUGAGGAGGUUCGGAAGUUGGAGGUAGCGAGACCACGCCUGGUUGGGAUGUUGCAGGAUUGUUACGACCGAGCGUGCCAUCUCUUGGAGCCUGCCCAUGUCGCCGCCCAUCUUCUAAAUCCGAGGAGGUGGAGCUUCGUUUACUUCCAGUCAUAGAGGAACUGGGCGCUGCACGAGCGCAUCCACGAGAAGCGCCGCAACAGCUUGGACUUCACGAAGAUGACCGAAAUGGUGGAGAUGUGCACGAACAAGAAGCUCCUGACAUGUAGAGCGAGGAGGAGGGGACUCGUCCUGCCAUGGGGUGAUCUGGAGGAGGGGUUGGACGACAUCCCGGAGCCACGYCGUUCAGGCACUCUGCCACCGGGAUCACUGACUGACGCGGAGAUCAGACGGCAGGCGCGCAAGAUGCAGCGUGCCUCGACGGUCCGCCACCCGCUUUCAGUCGAGAGUGUGUUCGGUCGUCGCGUGGCUCAUAUCGAGCUGUACGACAAGGAGAUUGAGUACGAGUCGCCCGUCGACCCACAGGCUGCGGACGAGAUGGAGGUCGAGGCAUGGACGGACCCAGAGGAGUUGGAGCAGGGGGGUAGUGACGCGCCCGAGCGUGGUGAGGACUCUAGCGGGGAGAGUGAGCAUGCGGCCACCAGUGAUAUGCGGUCUCGGGAUCGACAGAGCCAUUGCGAGCGCACUCCAUUGUCGAGAGCGGAACGCAUGGCURCGAGGGKGYGCAAGCAAUCACAGGUUGUGCGAUCGUCGAGUGAGGACGAUGGAGGUGAGGACGGGGAUGUCGUCGACGAUGAGGACUCCRAUGACGAGUACAUGGUCAGAGGAGAGGACCCUGAUGGAGCGGCCUUGCAGGGGACGGAGUGCGGUGGCGACGGUGGGGCAGUUCAUGGCAUAGCGGGCAACGCUAGCCUUGUCACUCCUACUGCAGGCACAACAGGCGUGGACGUCGGCGGCCUGCAGGGAUAUGGUUUGGAUGUGCCACAGGGAUCCAUUCCGUCUGGCAUAUUCAGGGACGACUUCGAUGUUGGUCGCCCGCCGACUUCGGAGGAAAGAGGCGGUGGGGUGCGGGUUCGGACACCGGCGACGGCGGCGAGUGAUGUUGUGCACCACAUAGGGUCGGUUUUUGUUGGAGUGAGUCCGGGGAUGUUGGCAGAGGUUGCCAGAGCGACAGGCAAGGGCAAGGAGGGCAGGCGUGGCGACGAGGUUGACUAUAGGCCUCCAUCGGCGGUUAGAGAGGCCGCAAGGCGGCUAGCUAUGGACCCGGAUGACAUCCUCGAGGAGGAGCGGGCGAGGGAGAUGGGAUGUGUCGUGGAGGUGGUCACUGCCGUGAGAUUAGCAGCGGAGUCUGCACACGCCAGUCGUGCGACAAAGACGGUCGAUGGCCACGACGGGGAUGACGACGGCACCAGGAUGGGGUUGGAUGACACAUUUGGCGACGGGAUCGCACUGCGCCGUGAUGACGACGAGGGGGACGGGGGCGACGUUGCUGUCACGGUUGAUGAAGGGGGGUUGCCUGUGUGCGAUGGCACUCAGGAGGAUCGACAGGUGGAUGGAGCACAUGUCGCGUUGACGGAUGCUCUAACACAUCACCUUGAGGUGGAGGAUGUUGUACCAGAUCGCACUGAGGAGGACAUGGACCCCGAUGGAGCAGUUCGCACCGCCCCCCUUGGUGCACCGGCGGUCACCAUGUCCCUGCUGGAGCACCACGCUGCCGGGAUCGAUCCAGUGAUGGGCAGGAGCAGGCAUAUAUUGCAGCGGCUAUGGAAGGUCGUGCCUCCAUCUUCUUUGCUCCCUGUGAGUCCGUCAGUGCCCUYCGGUGUAUCGGGGGAUGUUGCRAGGUCCAUGGAGAUGGCAGACCUGUUCAAGCAAUUGACAGGUCAGAGAGUCAUUGAACCGGGAGGGGUGUCAUGGGGAGCAGGGUCAGCGGGUGUGGGGGCACAGUCGGUGUCCCCGGGGGCGGUGAGUGGACGACGAGGUGAGUCAGGUGCCAGUGUUGUCGGCGGGGGAGCUGGUGAGGGGGACGCAGCGGCAGCAGCAGCGACACCCCAAGGGCGUGGCCAUGUGGAGGGUUCUCCUUCCCCUUCGAUGAAGGGGAAGGGGAAGUCUGUAUCGUGGAGCGGCAUCAGCAAGGUCACCCGAAAACUCAAGGAUGCUAUGCCURGGGUCACGGGUGAGAGGAGGGAUCGUCGUGGGAGGUUGUCAGAGAUGUUUGCGGAUGCAGCAGGGUGGGUAUGGAAGGGAGAUAGGUUGGRGCAUCCGGGUGCUGUGUCUUCGAUGGUUGCACCGYCGUCACGACCGCCCACAGCAGGAGCAGCACGUCGGGAUGGGCAGCGACKCCCUAAGGGGCAAUCUUCGACACGUGCUCCGGCGGUUGGCCGACUUCCACACCCGUUCCCGGAGGAUAUUGUAGAUCCUACCACACUGCCGAGUAGCCGUGGAAGUUGUCUCUCGACUGCGCAUAGGAUACUCGGGGAGGAGCCGCAGCUUCAGACAGGAACUGGACCGGGCAGUCGUCGAGCGGCCGGGGGCCGCACGGAGGAUUCCGCGACGGAUGGGGUGCCCAUGCCUAAGGGUGCGAAGACAUACUCCACCCUGACUGGCGUUUUGGGACGUUUUGUUGCACGGGAUGUGGAGAGAGAGAUUGGGCAUCAGGAGGCAGAGACGAUGACAGCUGCAGGAGUUGCCAGUCAUGCCCGGACUGCACCACAGCCUUCCAGGGAGAGAGACGAGACGACGCCGACGGUGCCGCACAGGCGGCGAGGGGACGUCAUCGACGAUGAUGACACAGAGGAUGGGCAGCGUGGUGACUAGGACCAGGACUUUGCUGUGGCACCCGU